AUGUUUGGGGGUGGGACAGAAGUAUUGGUUGUUGAAACGAAUGAUGAUGGAAUUCUACGAGCAGCUUUUUCGUUGUUUGAUAAGGCGAAGAAACCGUUUCAUGUUCAUCAACUAUUCUAUUGUACGAAGCGAACUACUUGGAUGGAAAUUCGUGCAUUCAUUUAUCGUUGUUUCUUUUCCAAAAAAUAUCAAGUGCUUAUUCGACCUAAUUUGCUCUUAUUACUAAUUCAAGAUAAAUUUUUUCCAUUGCUUAAUCAAAUAAUCGAAGAAUAUCCGGGACGUUCUAUUCAGUUAGGUAUCAUUACAACAGAAGCUUCUUCUCAUGUACAAUUAAUUAAUGCAAUCAAGACUGGAAUCAAUGUCAACAUAUUACGCGAGCAAGAACGUUUAAGCAAUGAUGCCUUUACUUCUCAAGUUCAGAAAAUGCUUCAUCAAUGCACUCUCGUCACAUCUCGUCUCUCUGGUCUGGGUAAAUCGCAUUUCAUUGAGAAAGAAAGUCGUCGACUCGGUAAACAGCAUAUCAAAUUUCCCAUUGGUGGUGAUAUAAUAGCGGAUGACAUAGCUGAUCGACUCCGAACCUUAGGUGGAAAAGCAUUGCGUACAUCGAUUUUGCAUCUUGAUAUCGGACAUGUUGAAGAUCCACAUGAUCUUGAUGAAUUAUUAUAUUGUCUCGCACUUUUUCGCAGCUUCUGUUUUGGUCAGUUGGCUGUGCAUGUGCCGUUCGAAACACUCAUAUAUGUUGAACUUGCCUCAUCCCCCUUCAUUACAACUAACCAGGAUCUUAUAUUGUAUCAACAUCUUAAGCCUGUUUAUCUCGAUAAAAUAAACUGGGAUGAUCUCGACUGUGAGCGUCCGAGUAUUCAGUUCGUAGCCAAAUAUCUGAAUGCGAUUACUACAGGUGCAAUCACAAACAAAGAUAUUAACUUAGACGACAAAGAAGUAAUCGAUCGCAGGCUCUGUCUGAAAUUAAUUCAGACCCAUUUUCUUCAACCAAAAAAUGUUGAAUUUGUCACAUGGACACAAUUAUCUAUUUUUAUUGCAGUGUUUUAUUCUCUCUUUAAUGGAUUUUCGAUCUGUGGUUACUUUCUUGCUGAAUUCGUGAGCCAACCUCAGUUGCGACUGGAUAUUCUUCAAGCACUUCUUCGUUCUUCAGAUCAAUUCACCUCGCUAUCUGUAGAAACGGUGCGAAAGCAACAGCGCGCCAGUGGAAUAGAUGAUCCAGAGACUCAUCAACCAGUAUUGACUAAUUCUAUUGUUCGCUGGGAAAAUACUGAACCGUUUACACUUGUUUUUACAGCAACUCAUGAACCUUUGUUCGUUUACAAAACAGACCGUGCGAUACCACAAUCACUCAGAAACUAUUUCAAUGAUUUUCAACAAGCAGUUUCACAGCGACGGACUCGGAAAGCUGCUGACACUGCGCCACAAUUAAAUCACUUUGAUGACAACAUAUUUCCUGAUUAUAAUAAACUCUCACAUGUGGAAUUAUUUCGAAAGCUUGCUUCAUUAUCAUACAAAUAUUUCAACAAGGCUGUAUGUACUAUAUGUUUCAAGCAAUAUCCAUACAAUACACAACAAUGUACACAAUGUCACACGAACGAGAGCAUUCGUCAACCAAGAACAGUCGAUAAUUGUGAUGUGUUAGUAUUUCAAACACAGAUCGCUACUUUGCUUGAGGCCGAAUAUGUCCUUACUCCAGACAACUAUGUCAAGAUGCUACUUGUGUAUAUGCGCAUACAAAGCGGUCUUCCAGUAUUAAUUAUGGGGGAAACAGGCUGUGGUAAGACAGCAUUGAUUAAAUUUUUGUGUCAAAAAAUUCUUGACGAUGAACUGGAAAUAUUCAGAAUUCACGCUGGAGUGAACGAUGAGAAGAUUAUUGAGACAAUGCGACGAUUUAUAAUUAAAGCUAAAGAAUGUGCACAACAGGAAAAACGUCUUUGGAUAUUCUUCGACGAAUUCAACACGACAUCUAGUAUUGAUUUGCUCAAAGAGAUCACCUGCGAACGUACACUUCUGGGUGACUGGUUACCCUAUAAUAUGGUCUUUCUUGGUGCAUGUAACCCGCGUCGACAUAAGAGCACUGAAGAACGGAUGUCGUUUGAAAACAAUAUUGGCAUAAAAAAAGAUCGAUAUGAAAUGAUGAAGAAGCUCGUCGGUGGCAAGUAUUUAUUAUAUACAGUAGUAUCUAUUCCUGAGACUAUGCUGGAAUAUAUCUGGGAUUAUGGAUAUCUUGAUCAAGAUACAGAACGGGCAUAUAUUCAAACAAUACUCAAAACAUGUCCUUCGUUAGUAAUAUACGAACAAUUAUUUAAUACAUUUAUUCAACUCAUAUCUCGAUCGCAAUUAUUCAUACGCGAAACUGAAGAUGUUAGUAGUGUUAGUUUGAGAGAUGUGGCUCGAUUCUGUCGUUUGUACAAUUGGUUUCAUGAAUCGAUCGUUGUGCGUGCUACUAACACGCCUCUGUCCACACUGACAGUUGCUCAACGAGCUGCUUUUGCGGCUCUCUUCUUAUGUUACUACUUUCGACUUCCUUCCGUUGAGCGUAAAAAUAAUUAUGUCGCCAUGCUCGUAGAAAGCUUAGCAGAGUCUUAUUCCCUGCCAUUAACGGAAAAAGGCUUCCUCAUUAGACAGCUUGAGACAGAGGAAAACGAGUUAAUAAAAGAGAUGGAACUGCCUAGUGGUAUGGCAAAAAAUCGAGCUCUGCGCGAAAACAUAUUUGUUCUUCUCGUAUGCAUUGUUAAUCGAAUUCCUGUAGUGCUAUGUGGAAAACCCGGUUGUAGCAAAACAUCCGCCGUGCAAAUCGUUAUCAGUAAUCUUAAUGGAAAAAAAUCAAACAGUUCAUACUUUCAAACACUACCCGAACUCAUCAAAGUUUCAUAUCAAGGCUCGCAAAAUUGUACAUCCAGCAGCACUGAAAAGGUAUUCGAACGAGCUGGUAAGUAUCAGAAGGCUCAAUCAGAAGCGCGUCUUCUGCCGGUCAUAGUUUUCGAUGAGAUUGGUCUAGCUGAACUCUCACCACGUAAUCCACUUAAGGUGCUUCAUGCCGAACUUGAAGUAGAAACAUGUCAAUACGGUUUUGUUGGUAUAUCAAAUUGGCGCUUAGAUGCAUCAAAAAUGAAUCGAGUACUUUAUAUAAGUUGUCCCGAUCCGGACAUUACUGAUCUGACAAUGACUGCUAAAUCGAUUGCAGAUAACAUGUUAUGUGGACAAUCAGCAGCACCAGACCUGGAUUCAAUCCUCAGCUGUUUGGCUAAAGCCUAUUAUCACCUAUUUGUUUUUCUUAAAACUCAGCAGCAGAACGCAUAUUAUUUUGGUCUACGCGAUUUUUAUUCCUUGGUUAAAGGUGUUCUGAGUGAAACACAUAAUACCAUGACCAAGAAUGGUGACGAUCUAUACGCUAUUGUGCAUCGACAGAUGAAAAUUAAUCUUGAUGGCAUCAUCGAUGGAUCAGUUUUGACGUGGCAGAUCUUUUGUGAAAGUCUCAACCAUACAGAGCUUAUAGAUCAAUAUCCAUCGCCGACUUUUAAAGAUCUCCUUGAUCGUCGUAUUAAAAUACAUUCAGGUCGCUUUCUAAUGUUCAUAGCUGACGGAGAGAGUUCAAUUGAUUACGUUGAACGAUAUCUUCGUUCGGCUACAAAAUGGUUACCGAUACAUGAACAUUCAGUACGAACAUUAAUCGGUAGCCAAAUGCCAGGUGAUCUUGUUUUAAAUAAAACUUAUACCGAAACUUAUAGUUACAGAGUACUUAUGGAUAUUAUUCUCCAUGCCGAGACAAAUGUAACUUUACUUAUGCGACAAUUAGGUCAUCUUCAUGAUAAUCUAUACGAUUUAUUUAAUCAGAACUUUGCUGUUUCUGCGAAAAAGCAAUAUUGUCGGAUUGCACUUGGUGCUCUUUAUCAUCCACGAUGUCUUGUCAAUGACAACUUUUUCUGUAUCGUAUUUGUCAAUCGAGACGAGGUUGAAAAGUGUGAUCCACCAUUUCUCAAUCGAUUCGAAAAGCAUAUUAUCAAUAUUCAAGAUCUAGUCCAACCAGUUCAUUGGGAAACAACUCAAGUUCUUCUCAAGUGGCUAACGGAUCUUUUACCAUCUGGAGAUAAUGUACGCUUUCCGUGUCUUCAACAUUUGUUUAUUGGCUACAAUCCUGAUUAUGUCUGUAACUUAGUGAUUGAUACUAGUGAAGAAAAUGUAGAUCAACAACAAGUGAUAGAAACAUGUAAAAUCAAGAUACUGCGCUCUUGUUCAUUUGAUUUACCGCUUGUUCUUGCCACUCAAAUGACCGAUAACGACAAAAAUCGAACGCUGAUUCAACAAUAUUAUAAUAUUCAUGAACGUGGGUCAUUUGCGGAUGUUCUUCAUCAACAUCGAGGAAGGCGUUUAAGUUCUAUAACAGGAUCAACUCCAUUGAGCGCAAUACUUUGUAGCGUUACUAAAAAGCAGAUCAUUUAUACGUAUACACAGAUUUAUGAUACUAUUAUUUGCGAUCCGAAUAUUGUUAAGGAAAUCAAAUUAAACAACUUGCAAACAGAACUGGAAGUGAUAAAUAAAAUAAAAGGACACUUUUUAAAAAAAGACGGUCCACGUAUUUUGAUAAUACGUGUUGACCAUCUGACAGAACAUAAACAACUUCUUUCGCUUAAACAUAUUUUACUCAAUGCAAUUGAUGAUGAAUCUAAAGAACCAUCCGAUCAUUGUAUUUGGCUUGUUAUUCACUUACAACGCAAUAUGCUUGGUGAAGCAAAGAAUGAUAUAUUGUUCCACGGUUGGCUAGUCCAUAUGAUAGACGAUCUUAAUGCAUACAAUCCUAUUUCAAUCGAGAAUUUGAUGAAUCCAUCAUAUUAUGAUCUGGUUGCUCAAGAGCCGUUUAAGCUGUCGGAAAAACUAUUCAAUGAACUUGUCGAUCGAACCUUAUCAAAGCUUCGGUAUGAAGUAACUAACAAUCAGUUAGAGUCAAGAAUUAAUCAGCGACGAAACACCAUUAUUAAUUGUCUCGUACAAGACAAUCAUUCCAGACUUCGACGUUCGGUUCGAGAGAACUUGUUCCUACUCAUACAAAAGAUACAUCAUGAUCGAGCCGAUAAACGCUUUUCCGAUUGGCGAAAAGAUCUUCUAAACAAUGGAUUAAUUAUUGCAACGUGCCGCUCUUUAAGCGAUGCUCUGAAAGCUACAAUUGUUCAAUUUUAUGAAACGUAUUUUUUACUUUUAUUUGCACAUUUAGAACGAAAUGCUUUCUUUGAUUCGUAUCAAUUCAUUCAAGGGCGAGAUGAAAAUGAGCAGAAGCUUCUCAAACAAAUUUGGGUUACUUGUUUAACUUCAACCCUAAAGAAUAUUGACCAAAAUACCAUGAAUUGUGACAAUGUUGAAAUAUCGUUAGUCUUUGAUUUACGACUCCCAUGUGCUGUGGCCGAGUAUGCUGUUGUGCGACGAAUACGCAAGAUGUUAUCACAACAACGGUCAAAAAAUGACAUAACUGUUGGCGAUCUUGACCAGCAAAUAUGGCAAAAACUGAAUGAUAAAACAGUCUAUGGGAGCAUAUUAAUCCAUACAAUUUUUGAUAAUGAUAAACUAUCCGAACACUACUAUCAUGAUCAAAUGACUAGUACAAAUCCAACUCUUUCAAAUAAAACUCGUUUUCAAUCAUUAUUAACAAAUUGGGAAGAAAUGAUUCAGAUAUUUCGAAUUUUCGAAGUCGGAGCUACGUUAAUUGGCGAAAAUUCUCUACUAAAGACUUGCAAGAAACAGUUUAUAGAAAGUGAUGAGGGCAGUGAUGAUGUAAACAAUGAGAAUCGUCUCUAUACAUUGAUAUUUACUAAAAAACGUUUCCGUCAAAUCGAACCUAGAAAGAAAGAUUCGCAAGUAAAAGAAAACUCAAAUGAUAAUAAAGAUCUAUUCAUUGAAAAUAGUCUCAUGAAUCUUCUUGAAUUGCUCCAGAGACAGGAAUAUGUACGAAAAGUUGAAUCUCCUGAACAGAUGAUGACUACGUAUAAUCUCAUCUAUCAUGGUGUUCGUACAUUGACAAACUAUUCGGUUGACAAUCUAGAGAAAUUUAGUUCGUACACAAGUCCAGUUCGAUCGAUUACUGCUCUUAUAGACAAUCAAUUCGCUACGGAUAUUUUCCAACAGAUAUAUGCCGACGAUGUUGCCGCUAAUUUUGAUUCCUGUGAUUUGAUUCAUGCAUUCAUUGAACGAUUAACAAAAACUAUAGAAGCAGCAGAAGAUCAAAUGACGGUAGACAAAGCUACUGUUCAGCGUACACUUCUUAAACUUGAAAUUGAAUUGUUAAAAAACUGGCUAAUCGGCCAUGGUGAUCAAUACUGCGAUAUUCUCGCACUGAUUAACCGCAAUGACACUGAUCUCUGGCGAUAUUCGACAAAGAUCUUCGUGUAUAUCACUCUGCGUCUGCAUUUGAUAGAAUACAUAGAGGAACAUCAUGGCCAGAUACCGGCGGAUGAUGAGAAUUUUAGAAACCUGGAGAAAUACUUACAAAACUCGUCCAAUCAGUCAUCUAAAAUUCAACUACUUUUAGUCAAUCAUCUUCAUAAGAAUCUAAUUUUAUCGAUUAGCGGAAAUGAUUUUGAAGACAUUCUAAGAAAAGAAUUUGGAUUCUUUGAAAUAAAUAUGCAUGUGGUAACUCAGCAUAUUGUCAACGGACGGCAUCACGUUCGAUUGAUUGGUCUGAUUGCGUGGCUUAAAUGCUAUACACAAAUGUAUGCAUUCGUUUUACACAACGACUCACAUCAAGACUUUAUGUCGCAUAUUGAUCGCUUUUUAGCUAGAGAUGAGAGCACAUUUGGUGCUACUCUGAAGUUAUUUAUUCUCAAGCAACUUGUGCACAUGUCGAAGGGCGUAACAUUAGCAGACGUUCGCGAAACUUUUGCUCAUCGUAACGUCGUCUGGUUACGACCAUUACUAACGCGUGUUGAACCUAUGGCUGCAAAUCGUGAUCUUAUUCUACCUUUGCCUUUAUUCGAAGGACAUGAUGAAUUUGUAAUGGUCAAUAAAACUUUAAAUAAUUUCGGUAAUAUCGACGAAGUGAGCGCUCUUAUCAAGAAAUGCCGAGAUAAUCAACGACUGGCAUAUGGUUUUUACUCAUGGUUUAUUCAGUACUACUGUCGUUAUCUUACGCCAAACACACAGAUAGAUCAACAGUUUGUACAACUCUUUUGCAGUGAUUUGAAGCAACUGCUAAUAGAUUCUUUUGAGCCAAUUGGAUUUAAUCUGCUUGUAUCUCUAUGCAGUAAUUUUCCUGCCGUUUCCUAUUUCCAUUUACAACCAGACAUGCCAAAAAAAGAAUUAUAUAGGCGUUUACUUGCUCUUAAUAUCGUAGCUGUCUGUUUAUCGACUAAAGGCUGUCCAAAAGCAACAUAUUUAGGUACAUUGCUAUUCGAUCAAAACCAGCAUAUGCCUCAAAACUAUGUUAACCACAUCCAAUCUAUAUGUUUGAUGGGUAUGAUCAGUAGUGAUCCAGUGGUAACACAAAUGAUCGAUGUGAGAACACAAAUACAAGAUCGUCUUAAUAGGAAUCUAAUCCACAUAGGUGGAAUGUUCGUUUUUCAAUGCUCUCGUGAUUGUCACUGGAUGUUUUAUUUUGAGGACUGUGGAAUUCCAAAUGAUAAGCAACAAUGUCCACUUUGUAAAAAAGAUAUCGGUGCUUUUAGAUAUAACCAGUUGAUUCAGCGUGACCCUCCACAAAUUCAGAUGAAUUUGCAAGAUGGUUUUAGAACAAUAGAACAGUACAUGAAAACAUAUAAUAGCGUAUUACGAUUAGGCUAUCACAAUGUCGCACCUGUUAUGCAACUACCGCCAGACGAGAAACCAGAUCAUUUGAAUCGAACUGUUUCCUUUAGAUUUCUUCACCUGUGGACUCAUGCACAACUGUUUGUCUUACAUGAAUUGAAGUGUUUAUCUGACGACGAUCUUCUUCAAAGAUUAAAAGUGCCUAAUAUUUUGCACUUUCGUCAACAUUUUGAUAGGGAUUGCACGUUGAUGGAAGGAAUAUCGACAGAUCCCGAACAGUAUCACAUAUGGUUAUACAAGCUCAUUAAUCAUAUGCUUGACAACAAUAUUAAUAUCAUUGGUAUUCUGAACACAAAUGAAAAAGUGGUCCAAAUCGAGCAGUUAAUUGAACAACGAUUAAUCUUUCCCCAUGUUGACUCGAUUAUUAAUGAAAUUGGAAAUUAUCGUCUAGCAUACGUUGAUUUUGUUCAAAAGUUUGAUGCAGAGAUUUCACUGAGUAAUUAUGUCGAUGAAUUACGACAAAAUGAUGAACGCUAUCCGUUACUCUCAUACUUCAAUGUCAGUCGAAUUCAAACAGUCAAUCCACUUGAUGAAUUUCGCGUAAAAAUGCAAACUUUACCCUUCGGUGACAAAAUGUAUCCUCUGUCAGCAUCCUUACUAAAACGUCUCGAUGAAUACGCCAACAUUCAAUAUUUAUAUCCAC